AUGACUAAGCUGCUAUCCGGCCUAUAUACGGCCUCGGGUAACCAUCUAGCUGCAGCAGCGUUGCACGAAUCUGCACUGGCCGAGCUUCUCAACAGUCAAACCGACCGCCAGGAAGGCGCCAUCGAGGCUGUUACACAGCAUCUAGAGCUGCUUCAACAUGCGCACGCCCGUCUUGCCAAGGAGGGCCAGACUGGUACCAUCGAUGCAGCGGCCGCACAAGAACGGGUGCAGCAGAUCGCCACCAAGUUCGGCCUUUCGUCGGAACAGCUCGAAGCGGUGACUGGUGCUGAUGAGAACGUUGGCGUGUGGGAGCGACCCCGUCGGUUCAGUUUGGAUGUCGAGGACCUGGAGACGCACCACAACAAUCUGAGACAGACCAGUGGAUCGGCAUUGUUGAAUGGCAAUGCCGGAGCCAAGCGCAUCUCUAUUAGUGCUUUUUAA